AUAAAGGCAGGCUGGAGGCCAGGGAGGUGACAGUGUCUGCUAACCAUCACAACAAGCUAACAACAUGUUCACCUCUGUGUUGUUGAUGUGCAUGCUGGUGGCUGCUGGUGUGGCUCUUCCAGUGGGCUAUGAUGUACCCAUCCCUUACAACUUUAAUUAUGGGGUGAGCGCGGGAAACACCAACUUUGGUCAACAGGAGAGUGGUGAUGGUUCUAACGUCAAGGGUACAUACUAUGUGAACCUUCCUGACGGUCGUGUGCAAACUGUGGGUUACUGGGCCGAUGGUAGUGGUUACCACCCAACAGUGACCUACCAGGGCACUGCUAGUUAUCCCAGUUAUGCUCCUUCUUACGGCUACCACUGAUAUUCAUAUAUAUUUUAUUUACUCUUCUUUAACCAUCAUUAAGUAAAGUUUCCUCGUAAGAUCAACAAAAAUGGUUGAAAUAUACUUUAGACAUUUUUUCAGGCUAGAACAGAAUUACUUUUUACUAAGCUAAUUCUUGCAGUGACUAUUAUCAAGAGCGACUAAGCCACAAAAUGUCGUAAACUCAACCUGUCUCGUAAGGACUGACUACUUAUCUCGUGUACAUUUUCUUGGUUCUGUAAAUUAUAUUAAUACUGUUAAUA